AAAAGAGUAUGCUCCCCAUGUCGUACAGGUUGGGUGCCCGGUCAAUGUGCUCAAAGGGAUCGUCAGUCUUUGCAGCGCAACCCUUUUUUUUUUCUUUAACGAGAGUCGUAUUGAAAUAUUCACAAUUUUUUUAGCAUCAAACUAGUCUAAUCUAAUCUAAACUCUCAAUGGAGCGUUUCUAGAUAUUUUACCCGCGCGGGAGAAAGUGACCGUUGCGAUUGGCCUCCAGGAGUGGGCGGGUCGAAACUCCCAAAUUUGUACUCAUCAUCCAGUUGCAUCAGCAAGAAACGCCGUUAAAAUCCGUCCUUCUCAGGCCGUUCGUCAUUUCCGUCGUCUCGGCCUCAUUUGAGAAGUCAGGCAGGGAACGGCCCUCGGCAAAGACGAAUUGGAGAUGGCAGAGAGAAGCGACCGCUCGUUGUCGGAGGAUGAGAAUCGGAUGAAUCCGGAAUCCGAGGCGAAGGUGAAGAAGGGUGGGAGUGGGAGCCAGAGCUGGAGCUGGGAGGACGAGAACAACGGUCUGUUGGUGGAGAGGAUCUUCGAGGGCCAGGGGGUGCCGUCGUGGAGGAGACAGCUGACGUUCAGGGCGUUUGUGGUGAGCUUCGCACUGAGCGUCAUGUUCGCCGUCAUCGUCAUGAAGCUGAACCUCAUGACGGGCAUCAUCCCGUCGCUGAACGUCUCGGCGGGGCUCCUUGGGUUCUUCUUCGUCAAGACGUGGACCAAGGUCCUGGAAAAGUCCGGGCUGCUCCGGGUCCCCUUCACGCGGCAGGAGAACACGGUGAUCCAGACCUGCGUGGUGGCGUCCUCCGGCAUCGCUUUCAGCGGAGGUUUCGGGAGUUAUCUCUUUGCAAUGAAUGAGCGAGUUGCUAAUCAAUCAAAGGAUACGCAGAGUGCUCAUGUUUACAAAAAUCCAUCACUGCUGUGGAUGAUUGGUUUUCUAUUUGUUGUCAGUUUCCUUGGCCUCUUUGCUGUGGUGCCUCUCCGAAAGAUUAUGAUUAUUGACUUCAAAUUAACGUAUCCUAGCGGCACGGCAACUGCUCAUCUUAUAAAUAGUUUCCACACACCUGAAGGGGCCAAGCUAGCUAAGAAACAAGUGAAAGCAUUGGGAAAGUUCUUCUCCUUCAGCUUCUUGUGGGGCUUUUUCCAAUGGUUCUACAAAGCUGAAGAUGAUUGUGGUUUUGCAAACUUCCCUAGUUUGGGGCUUAAGGCUUUCCAAAACAGGUUUUACUUUGAUUUCUCCGCAACAUAUGUUGGAGUUGGGAUGAUUUGCCCAUACAUUAUAAAUAUCUCAGUGCUACUAGGAGGAAUUCUAUCCUGGGGUUUAAUGUGGCCUCUAAUAGAAACCAGAAAGGGACAUUGGUAUCCUGCAGAGGAAAGCCCAACCAGUAUGCGCGGACUUCAAGGUUAUAAGGUUUUCAUUGCCAUUGCCAUGAUAUUGGGUGAUGGGCUCUACAACUUCUUCAAGGUGCUUGGUCGAACGCUCUUUGACUUGUACCAUCAGCUCCGAGAUAGAGAAAUGACCCAUGUCCUCCCCUUUGCAAAUGGUUCCUCUCUUGAUAACCCUCAAGUAUCUUAUGAUGACCAACGACGGACACAGCUUUUCCUAAAAGAUCAAAUCCCGACAUGGUUUGCAGUUGCAGGGUAUGUCACAAUGGCAGCCAUAUCCACAGCUACUCUUCCGCACAUAUUCCCCCAACUCAAAUGGUAUUACAUUUUAGUCAUCUAUCUCUUUGCUCCAACCUUGGGUUUCUGCAAUGCCUAUGGCUGUGGGCUCACCGAUUGGUCUCUUCCCUCGACCUAUGGGAAGCUCACCAUCUUCAUGAUUGGGGCAUGGGCCGGUGCCUCACAUGGUGGAAUUCUUGCUGGUUUAGCUGCCUGUGGAGUCAUGAUGAAUAUUGUGUCUGACCUCGGACUGACUCGGGACUUCAAGACAAGCUAUCGACCGGCUUCACCACGGUCCAUGUUUGUGAGUCGGGUGAUUGGUACCGCCAUGGGCUGCGUUAUCUCUCCCUGCGUCUUUUGGCUUUUCUACAAGGCAUUUAAGGAUCUUGGACUCCCAGGAAGUGAAUAUCCUGUCCCCAACGGAAUUGUUUAUCGCAGCAUGGCUGAACUUGGAGUGGAAGGCUUCUCUUCCUUGCCCGAACACUGCCUCACGCUCUGCUACUGUUUUUUCGCUGCUGCCAUGAUCAUAAAUGGGUUCAGGGACUUACUUGGUAAGAAGUGGGCCCGUUUCAUCCCACUGCCAAUGGCUAUGGCAAUACCCUUCUACAUAGGGCCAUACUUUGCCAUCGAUAUGUGCGUCGGUAGCUUAAUCCUAUUCAUUUGGGAGAAAAUUGACAAAGCCAAGGCCGACGCGUUUGGGCCAGCGGUAGCUUCAGGUCUAAUAUGUGGGGAUGGCAUAUGGACAUUGGCUAGCUCAAUACUCGCUUUGGCAGGGGUUAAUCCACCAAUUUGCAUGAAGUUCUUAUCACGAGCCACGAACAAGAGAGUUGACACCUUCCUGGGGUCUUAGUCCGGCAGUUUAAAUGCACAAAGAUGGCAUGAAAUCUUGAGCACUUCGCAAGUCUCUAGAUGUACGUCAUGAUCUGCUCUACCUUCUCGUUUUUCUUGCAAUCUCACAAAGUCUCUGUGAAUCAGUCAUAGUAGCAACUAGGAGCUGCGAAAUUACUCCGUAUAAUGUAACCCAACUGGGUGGGGGAAAAAGUGUCCUAUGGUAAUAAAUGUAUAUGAUACUAUCUUUGGUGCUU